AUGUUCAAAGCUAUAGAACCAGAGUUCAAUUCAGAUGCUGGCAAAAGCGGUGAGAUAAACGCCAACUCUGGAGAGCCCAGUAGAAUGGCGGACAAUUUCGCUGCUGAUAAUGCUUCAUUAAAUGCGCCCGACGCUAUGAGAAACGUUGGAGUCAAGUGGAAUGCUGAACUGGCCACUACAGAAAGUAAGGUCUUGCCGACAAUUGGAAUGACCAGUCAUAUUGACGAAGCCAGCUUCGUAUAG